GAAAAAUAACCUCUCACAAAUCCAAAUUUCGCCUCUGAUUAUCUCUCUCUCUCUCUCUCUCUCUAGAAACAAACCCGAAAAUACGCACAUAUACCUUAUACGCCCAACCUUUCGAGAUUUUCUCUCUCUAAAAACUUUUUUUUUUUUUUUUUUUUUGGUCUUUUUUUCCUGGGCAUCAUCGGACAGCAACACUGGUUGAAUCAAUCCAAUCCGAUUCUCCGAUUCGUCGAUUUCGCUAUCCUCAACCAGCUUUGAAUCCGGGAGGCAAUAUCACGUUUUCGAACCUCGGACCCAAGUUUUUGUUCGAAGCGUGCCGAACGGUAUCGUUUUUGAAACACAAACCUUUUCCCGCCGCCGCCGGCUUUAGUGUGGUAGCACAUAGCCAGUCCUCCGGUGUAUCGGGAGUUAAGACGCCGCCCCACCCGAUUUACGAAAAUACCCUUGACCGAAUUGCGUGAUUUUUUCCCUCGCUUUAAUUUUGUGUGCCGAAAGGUUAGUUCCUUGAAAUGAAAUUGACAAUCAGCCUAUGCUCCAACUCGUAUGCCAUUCUCAGUUCAAAUUAGGGUUUUCUCCGAUAUGGAUUUAGGGUUUUUUUGAAACUGAUUGUGCUUUCAAAAAAAAAAAUGGCUUUCCUCUAGUAUUUUGAACGGAUUAUGAGUGUUAAGUGACCGAUCCAUAUAGUUUGCUGUAAAAUUUGUUAAAUUGUCUACAUUAAUGUCUUACUUAAUAAUUUCAAAACUGUGAACCGUUUGUAUACUUUCUAAAUUUGGCUGUCUAAUUUACUACGUGAUGUAGAUUUUGACGUGUACAGCAGAGGCUUUCUGAGGGUUUAGGAGAUAAUACACACUUGUUUGUCCUUCACUUGGUUGGUUCCUUUCAUAUUUUGGGACUCUGCAAACAGUUCCAUGUGAAGAAUAUUGCAUGGCUUUUUUUCGGAACUUUUCGGAUGGGGCAGUAGAACAGAUUGGUUUGAGUGAGAGGAGUCAUUCGCAUCAGCCGACCAUGAAUAACAGUAGACUAAAUGAGAAUGAUAUGUGCAACAAUGAGGAAAUGGCAGAGCCUACACAUGGUCAUAAUGCUGGAGAAGAUAGUAACAAUAAUAUCAGGUUAGGAAAUACACAACAUUCUUUGAGGGAAACAACUUCUGGGGGAAAGUGGGGUUCAACUUUUUGGAAGGAUUCCCAAACUACAAUGACGUCCCGUGGAGCAUCAGAGUCCGGAGAGGAGUCUAAUAGUGGGUCAGAAUAUAAAGGGUCUGAAGUGGAGGAGGAGUCUGAUGGAGUAGAGGACACGAUGGAACCUGAGAAUCACGAUAAAACAUAUAAAAAAGUGUCUGGAAAGAGACAACAGCAUGUUCCUGCUGAUGAGAUGUUGUCUGAUGAGUAUUACGAGCAGGAUGGUGAUGACCAGGGUGAGCCUCUCAAUCAUUACAGAACAAAGAAUCACCCAAGUGGGUACAGUUCGAAGCCACCUCCUCGGUCUGCUGCUCCCAGCAGUAUAUCUAGGAAAUCAAAGGCGUUGAAAGCCAACAAAUUCAGUGAUGAAGAUGGCGAUUUUGAAGAAGACGAUGAUGGUGAAGAUGAAGAUGACCCUGAUGAUGCCGACUUUGAUCCCGAUUAUGGGGCGACAACUGGGCACAGAGUAAUCAAGAAUAAAUAUGAAAAUUGGGGUGGUGAAGAAUCUGAUGAGGAGGAUAAUGUUGAUGAUGAUGACUUGGAUAUCUCAGAUGAUGAUGAUGAUGAUGAUGACGAUGAUGAUGAUGUCUACCUUAAGAGAAAUAGGGCCAAACAAUCAAGUAAGGGUGGUCGUAAUUUAAAGUCUACCAAGGAACCUAAAUCAGUAGCAUCGUCAACUCGGCGAAAGAAAGCUAGAACCUUUUCUGAGGAAGAUGAAGAAGAAACUUCUGCUGACAACUCGGAAAAUGGUAGUGAUGAGGAUUUUAGAAAUAGAAGAAGAGGUGUACCUGUUCACAGGAAAAAUGGCGGUCGGUCUGCUUCUAUUAAGGUUUCUGGUAGGAACAAUGAACUGCGAACUUCUGGUCGUUCAGUGCGGAAAGUAUCAUAUGUUGAGAGUGAUGGAAGUGAAGAUCUUGAUGAUGGCCAAAAAAAGAACCAAAAGAAGGAAGAGAUCGAAGAAGAAGAUGGGGAUGCGAUCGAGCGGGUAUUGUGGCAUCAAAGGAAAGGCACAGCCGAAGAAGCUUUCAGAAACAAUAAAUCAACUGAUCCUGUUCUAUUGAGCUAUUUGUUUGACUCAGAAACAGAUUGGAACGAGAUGGAGUUCUUAAUAAAAUGGAAAGGCCAAUCACAUUUACACUGUCAAUGGAAAUCUUUUUCUGAGUUGCAGAAUCUCAGUGGUUUUAAGAAGGUUUUGAAUUAUACCAAAAAAGUGAUGGAAGAUGUGAAGUAUCGAAACUUGGUGUCACGAGAGGAGAUUGAAGUAAAUGAUGUCAGCAAGGAAAUGGACCUGGAUAUCAUCAAGCAAAACAGUCAGGUGGAGAGGGUGAUAGCAGAGAGGCUCAUCAAAGAUAGUUUGGGUGAUGUAGGGCCAGAAUAUUUGGUCAAGUGGCAAGGACUCUCUUAUGCUGAAGCUACAUGGGAAAAGGACAUCGAUAUUUCGUUCGCUCAAGAUGCUAUUGAUGAGUACAAGGCCCGGGAGGCUGCAGCGAUGGUUCAAGGGAAAACUGUUGAUUUCCAGCGCAAGAGAAGCAAAGGAAGUCUCAGGAAGCUCGAUGAGCAGCCUGAGUGGUUGAAAGGGGGCAAACUUCGAGAUUAUCAGCUUGAAGGUCUGAAUUUUUUGGUCAACAGCUGGAGGAAUGAUACUAAUGUAAUUUUAGCUGAUGAAAUGGGUCUUGGUAAAACUGUCCAGUCAGUUUCAAUGCUUGGUUUCUUGCAGAAUGCUCAGCAAAUUCAAGGACCAUUUCUUGUUGUUGUUCCUCUGUCAACCUUGUCUAAUUGGGCUAAAGAAUUCAGAAAGUGGUUGCCGGACAUGAAUGUCAUUAUAUAUGUUGGAACUCGUGCUAGCCGUGAGGUCUGCCAGCAAUAUGAGUUUGACAAUGAUAAGAGAACAGGCAGGAGUAUAAAAUUUGAUACUCUCUUAACUACGUAUGAGGUUUUAUUGAAGGAUAAGACUGCCCUCUCAAAAAUUAAGUGGAAUUAUCUUAUGGUUGAUGAAGCACAUAGGUUAAAGAACAGCGAGGCCUCUCUGUAUAUGACAUUAUCAGAAUUUAGUACAAAGAACAAGGUUCUAAUUACUGGCACUCCCCUUCAAAACAGUGUUGAGGAGCUAUGGGCUUUGCUUCAUUUUCUUGAUCCUGAUAAAUUUAGGAGUAAAGAUGUCUUUGUUCAGAAGUACAAGAAUCUUAGUUCCUUCAAUGAAACAGAGCUAAGUAACCUUCACAUGGAAUUGAGACCACACAUUCUCCGUAGAGUCAUAAAAGAUGUAGAGAAGUCUUUGCCUCCAAAGAUUGAACGCAUACUCCGGGUUGAAAUGUCACCGCUUCAGAAACAGUAUUAUAAGUGGAUUUUGGAACGCAACUUCCAGGAUUUGAAUAAAGGAGUCCGUGGGAAUCAGGUUUCACUUUUAAAUAUAGUGGUGGAACUGAAGAAAUGUUGCAACCAUCCAUUUUUGUUUGAAAGUGCAGACCAUGGUUAUGGUGGGGAUUCAAAUUCCCUUGGUAGCACUAAAUUGGAACGAAUUAUUUUGAGUAGCGGGAAGCUGGUCAUACUAGAUAAGCUGCUCAACAGAUUGCAUGAGACAAAGCACCGUGUGCUGAUAUUUUCUCAGAUGGUUAGGUUGUUGGAUAUACUGGCAGAUUAUCUCUCUCUCAAGGGGUUCCAGUUUCAAAGACUGGAUGGUAGUACCAAGGCCGAGUUACGUCAGCAGGCUAUGGAACAUUUUAAUGCUCCUGGUAGUGAGGAUUUCUGUUUUCUUCUUUCCACUCGUGCUGGUGGCUUGGGUAUUAAUCUUGCAACUGCGGACACAGUUAUCAUAUUCGAUUCAGAUUGGAACCCACAAAAUGAUUUACAGGCAAUGAGCCGCGCUCACAGAAUUGGGCAACAAGAAGUAGUAAAUAUAUAUAGGUUUGUUACUAGCAAGAGUGUUGAGGAAGAUAUAUUGGAGCGGGCUAAGAAGAAGAUGGUUCUGGAUCAUUUAGUUAUUCAAAAGCUGAAUGCUGAGGGAAAGUUGGAGAAAAAGGAAGCUAAAAAGGGUAGUUCUUUUGAUAAAAAUGAGCUUUCAGCUAUUCUGAGGUUUGGGGCAGAGGAACUUUUCAAGGAAGAUAAAAACGAUGAGGAAAGUAAGAAAAGGCUUCUCAGUAUGGAUAUUGAUGAGAUUCUUGAAAGGGCAGAGAAGGUUGAAGAAAAAAUACCCGAAGGAGAGGAAGGAAGUGAAUUGUUGAGUGCUUUUAAGGUGGCCAAUUUCUGUAGUGCUGAAGAUGAUGGAACUUUUUGGAGCCGGAUGAUAAAGCCGGAAGCUGUUGUGCAAGCUGAUGAUUCUUUGGCUCCCCGAGCAGCAAGGAAUAUUAAAAGUUAUGCGGAGGCUUUACCACCUGAAAGGAUCAAUAAAAGGAAAAAGAAAGGAGUUGAAGCUCAUGAAAAGCUGUCAAAGCGGCGCAGGGCAGAUUCUGGUUAUUUCCCUCCAAUGCUUGAGGGUGCUACAGCUCAAGUGAGAGGAUGGUCAUAUGGGAACUUACCUAAAAGAGAUGCAACACGGUUUUUCCGCGCGGUUAAGAAGUUCGGAACUGAUAGCCAUAUAAGCUUGAUAGCUGAAGAAGUUGGUGGAACAGUUGAAGCUGCCCCAACUGAAUCUCAAAUAGAGCUUUAUGACGCUUUAGUUGAUGGUUGUAGAGAAGCAGUUAAAGGAGAGACUCUGGACCCAAAGGGCCCGCUUUUGGAUUUUUUUGGUGUACCUGUAAAGGCUGAUGAAGUAUUAAGCCGUGUGGAAGAACUUCAGCUCCUUGCAAAGCGGAUUAGCAGAUAUGGAGAUCCUGUCUCUCAAUUCCGAGCACUUGCAUCUCUCAAACCAUCCACAUGGUCUAAAGGUUGUGGUUGGAACCAGAAGGAUGAUGCAAGGCUGCUGCUUGGAAUUCACUAUCAUGGAUUCGGCAAUUGGGAAAAAAUAAGGUUAGAUGAAAAACUUGGUCUUACCAAGAAGAUUGCUCCUGUGGAACUUCAACAUCACGAAACUUUCUUACCACGAGCCCCCCAACUGAAAGAACGGGCUUCACAGCUUUUGGAAAUGGAAGUUGUUUCAGUUGGUGGGAAGAAUUCUACUGUCAAAGUUGGGCGUAAGAAUGCAAAAAGACAGAAAGAAGCUAUUAUAUCAUCACAUGGAAAAGGGAGACAAGGGAAACCGGAUUCCCCUAGUUUGAAUGUUCAGAUGAACAAAAAAAGAGCUCCAAAAUCUCAGAAGAUUGAACCUUUAGUUAAAGAGGAAGGUGAAAUGUCUGAUAACGAAGAAGUUUACGAGCAGUUCAAGGAAGUUAAGUGGAUGGAGUGGUGUGAAGAUGUCAUGCUAGAUGAGGAGAAGACUCUGAAACGUCUUCAAAAGCUGCAGUCCACAAGUGCAGAUUUGCCAAAGGAAAAGGUUCUGUCCAAAAUUCGGAAUUACCUGCAGCUUAUUGGUCGGAGGAUUGACCAAAUUGUUUCGGAGUAUGAGCAGGAGUCUUAUAGGCAAGAAAGGAUGACCACGAGAUUAUGGAAUUAUGUAUCUACCUUUUCAAAUCUGUCCGGUGAGGGACUUCAGCAAAUCUAUACCAAACUUAAACAGGAGCAACUGGCAGCUGGUGUGGGACCAUCCCAAAUCAACGGCUCUGCUCCUGGGAAUCAAACAGCACCAUUUAUGCACAGGGAUAUUGAUGUGGGGAAAUUUGAAGCUUGGAAACGGAGAAAAAGAGCUGAGGCUGAUGCUUCUCAAAAUCAGAGACCUUCAAGUAAUGGGGCAUGGUUACCUGAUUCCCACUCUUCCGGGAUUCUUGGACCACCACCACCACCCGAUGGCAGACAAUUCAGUAAUGGAAGGCCUUACAGGGCUCAACCGCAAGCUGGCUUUCCUCCAAGACAAGGUUUCUCAUCUAGUAUCAAGUAGCUAUUGGGGCAAGGACAUGGCUAAAUUGUCUUAUGCGUGGUUCUAAAUGGCUCAUUUGCUCUAGGAACCUUUUGACUUUCAAAGUUUGAGAUCACGAGAAUAACAAUUUUGAUGUGUCCUUUUCAGAGUUGUAAUUGAUCUGAAGCUGCGUGAAAAAUACACGACUGCAUCUGUUUUCUACAGGUGAAUACAGAAAAUUCUGACGAUCACUUGUUGUUGGGAGGUUGGCUCGAAGCAAAGAUAUACUUGGAAAUCCUCCAAAGAUUCUUUUAGCUUUUCUUUUUGUUUUCUUCAUAUAUUUAUUUAGUUUUGAUAUCUUUACGUAUAUAGAAGAUAGUUGAAAGGGUUCGCUGGUCAUUUGUGAUGCACCACGCAAGGACAUUUUUUGUAUGUAUAAUGACCUUAUGAAGUGUAAAUGAUACAAUUUUGCUCCAUAGAGUACCAAAAGAUGCAGUUUGCCGGUUUUUGGGUUUGUUUA